UUCUACUAUUGAGCUGUAUUAUUUAUUUAUCUUCUUUAACUUGGUUUCAAAAUUAUAUUAUUUUUCGGUGAAAGCAGCUUUGACUGCACAUGAGAAUUGGAGAGGGACAAAUGCAGACGUGGGAAGGGAGAUUUCUUCUGUAGAAUUUCCACUUUGUCACGCUUUCAACUUUCAAGUUUCUGCUUUGAAAAAAAGACAAGAAUAGAAGAGGAUUCCGAGAGAGACAAAUAGACAAUGAAAAGAAGAAGAAAAAAAGCCUCCAAUAGUAUUUAUUACUACUUUCUUUACUCACAUCUCUUCGUUAUCCGAUCCCUUCAAUUUCGUAUUUAAAACAUCUCUCUUUCUUUGUGUCCAAGACUUGAAGCCCUGACGAUUCAAUUGAACUAAUAAUCAUAUACUCUUUAAUUCAAAUUUGUAUAAUACUUCUCGGGUUUUUUUUUAUUCCUUAUGAACAUUUACUAGAGUGGUAUAAUUUUAUCAGAAUACAUACAACACAGAAAUUUUUGAUAAAGUUGUUGUAAUUUAGAAGUUAAAAAUUUCAUUUGUGGUUUUAUCGUAAACAUGUUUUGGCUAUAGUAGAAAAGAGAGGAUUGAAGACGCAAAGGGGUGUUUUUUGAUUACUGUAUUCUCUUUUGUGUUUUGGGGGGCAUGGGGCUGAAGAACAGUGAUGGUCAAAUGGAAGGAGCAAAGUCAGGGAAGAGUAGUAACGGCUUCAUUCCGACUUCGUUUAGAGCACUUUCGAGGAUUGUAUCCUCUGGUGCUGCAACGGUUGCUUCCACAGUUAGGUCAGCUGCUUCUGCUAUUGUGGACAGGGACAAUGAUUCUACCCAUGAUCAGGUUCUGUGGGCUGGAUUUGACAAGCUGGAAUGUGAGGGAGGCGCCACUCGUCAAAUUUUGCUUUUGGGCUGUCGGUAUGGUUUUCAGGUUUGGGAUGUUGAAGAUUCUGAUAAUGUACACAACUUAGUUUCCAGGCAAGAUGGCCCUGUUUCUUUCAUGCAAAUAUUACCAAAACCAAUAGCAUCAAAGAAGCACGAGGACAAAUUUUCUGGUAGUCCCCCAGUUUUGAUACUUUGUGCUGAUGCGUCAUUUUCUGGAGGUAGUAACAUUCGGGAGGGCAUAGGGAAACUUCAUGAUGGAACCAUCCAACAGUAUCAUGACCAAGAAAGUAUCGGUUUUGUGCCCACUGCUGUUUGGUUUUAUUCCCUGACAUCUCACUCUUAUGUGCAUCAGUUGAAGUUCAGAUCAGUUGUUCACUUGGUAAGAUGUAGCUCUCGAGUGAUUGCAAUCUUACAAGCAGCUCAGAUACACUGCUUUGAUGCUGCAACUCUAGAUAGGGAAUAUACUGUUGUUACCAAUCCUGUCAUCACGGGUUUUUCAGGGUCCCGAAGUGUAGGUGUGGGACCUCUCGCAUUAGGUCCCAGGUGGAUGGCCUAUAGUGGAAGUCCAGUUACAAUCUCAAAUUCUGGUCAUGUCAAUCCGCAACACGUUACUCCUUCAGAUAGUCUCUCCAGUCCGGCUACAAAUGGGAGCGUUAUUGCUCAUUAUGCAAAGGAAUCCAGCAAGCAACUUGCUGCUGGUAUUGCGACUCUAGGAGACGUCGGGUAUAAGAAGCUCGCUAGGUACUAUUCUGACCUGUCACCAGAUGGUAAUAGUUCUCAAUCCGGGAAUGCUCGUGCGAAGAUACCAGGGAUUGCUAAUGGUCAUUUCCCAGGUGCAGGCAGUGUUGGAAUGGUCAUAGUCAGAGACAUCGUCAGCAAAGCUCUUAUUGCUCAGUUUAGGGCACAUAAGAGUCCUAUUUCAGCUCUUUGCUUUGAUCCUAGCAGUACUCUUCUGGUGACAGCUUCAGUUCAGGGUCAUAAUAUCAAUGUAUUCCGGAUAAUGCCUAUACUAUCUGAAAAUACCUCGGCUAGUGAUCCUGGUUCAUCUUAUGUCCAUCUUUACAGGCUGCAGCGUGGACUGACUAAUGCGGCCAUACAGGACAUAAGUUUUAGUAGUGAUAGCCAGUGGAUUAUGAUAAGUUCUUCCAGAGGGACUAGCCAUUUAUUUACAAUUUCUGCUUCAGGGGAAACAGUUGAUUUUCGAUCUUCAGAUGCAUGUCUUACUACGAGGAGUAAUGGCUCUGGUGUGAUGGAAAAACUUGCAGUACAUUGCGCCUCGAAUUCAAAAAUUCAGGUGCUUAAUCAACAGAACAUCGGUGAGACUGGCCCUCCAGCGACCCUUUCUGUUGUUGGUCGAAUAAGGAGUGGAAGUAAUGGUUGGAGAAAUACUGUAAAUGGUGCUGCAGCUGCUGCAACUGGAUGGACGAGUUCUUUUUCUGGGUCCAUAACUUCAGCUUUUCGCCACUGCAAAAGUACUAAUCAAUGUGCAGAUUUAGGCCUUCUAAAAGCAAAUUAUCACCUGCUUGUGUUUUCAUCUCCGGGGUGUAUGACACAAUAUGCAUUGCGUAUGUGUUCUGAGUUAGAUUUCAUACCAACUAUUCCUGCUAUUGGUUCAACUUACGGAGCAGGUCCUGAAGUGGAUACAAGAUUAGUGGUAAAGGCAAUCCAAAAGUGGAAUAUUUUCCAGAAACAAAAUUGCAAAGAACGAGAUGAUAAUACUGAUAUAUAUGGUGAGUUUGGAAGUUCUGAUAGCAGUAAAGUAUUUCCUGAAGGAAUAACAAAGGGAAGUGGUCUCUAUUCCAAGACUAGGGACACAAUCACUAAAGGAAAGAUAAGUUCAGAGGAAAAACAUCACAUAUACAUAUCUGAAGCAGAGCUUCAAAUGCAUAAACCUCGAAAUCCGCUGUGGGCAAAACCUGAGGUAUAUUUUCAAUCAUUGGAUAUGGAUAGGAUUUAUGUAGUUGAUGGUUGUGGUGGAGAGGCUGAGGUUGAAGUAAUUCCAACCCAUAUGGUUGAGGCGAGGUCAAAACAUUUAGUUCCAGUUUUUAAUCACCUUCAAGCUUCCAAGACCCAACAAGGGAGGCUUCAUGUUCAUAGCGACAAUGGCCAAAAGUUAUCUCGAAGGCCGGAGAUCUCUGAAAACAGCAAGCUUACAUUAAAUAGUGGUUGUGCCUCUAGUGAUGGAUCCAGCAUUGAACUUAACCAUUGCAGAGAAACCGCGUGCAAUAGUCUUCGGAUGACAAGUCAUAUAAGUAGAGACUUUAUAAAUAGUAGUGACAGCCCUGAAGCAACCACUCGCCUAGAUUUUGUCAAUAACACAAGGAGCACCAUGAUGCAGACAAAUCAAAGUUUGUAAAUCGCAAAACUACUUUGUACAAAACGGAGAAUCAUUUCAAAGAUGAAGUUGGCGAGUCUAAUUGAAACUGAAGGCUUUCCUCCAAUUAUUUAUGUGGAAGGCUCCUGGAAGUGUUAGUAUUUUGUUGGUGAAUACGUAAAGUAAGAGAACUUGAAAUCAGACUUAAGUUUGUGGCAGCUAGGGACAUUACCUCCUUGUCUAAUUGCACUUCAUCUUCAUGGCCGUGUCCAUUUCAUCGAGCCGUUUUGGCACGUGCUAGGACUAUGUUACCAGAAAACAGAAGCAUUAAAAUGACAGUCUGGUGCACUAAGCUCCCGCUAUGCACGGGGUCCAAGGAAGGGCCGGACCACAAGGAUCUAUCGUACG